AUGAUUGGCAGGUUGCUGGAUCGAGGUAAUAAGGGUCCUCUCUCAGAUGAUCAAAUCUGGGAUCUAAACCCGCGAGAGAAAUGUUCUAAUAUCAACCCUGUUUUCGAGGAGGUCUGGACACAGGAGCAGUAUUUCCGACAGACGCGAGUGUCAAUUAACGACGAACGAAAACUCACACAAAAUGCUUCCCAUUCAUUUGAGCCACUGUCUGAAGACACGCGAAUUGAGGCAUCCAAACAACAUGAUAAUUCUUCAAGAACUGUGCCAAAUGGUGUCAGAAAAAGACACAUUGGUGUUGAACACGAACAUGAUGUUUUCCCUAAAUCUCCUGAUAUAACAGACGAAAGGUUGAAAGGACAUUCACUAAAUAAUGAAGCAAUUCCUGAUAAAUCUCUGAACUCUACAGCAUCACAGAACACGUGUCAAGCGUUAAAGCUGUCGUCAAGUUCCCGGAAAAAGUACUCUCUGGGUGAGCUAACAAACCUCGUGUCCAGCGAUGUGAACGGUGUCGUCUGGCAUCUGACGCACCUCACCGAGGUUCUCUUCACGCCCUGUCACAUCGUCAUCGUCUUCGUCCAGCUGUUCCGUAUCCUGGGCUUGGCCGCGGCGGCUGGACUAUUCGUCGUCAUGCUACUCCUGCCACUCAAUAUAUAUGUGACAAUGCGCAUGCGCCACCUGUUCGACCAACUGUCAGAGAAAAGAGAUGAAAAGAUGACAAUACUCAAUGAAGUCAUCAAUGGGAUAAAGGUUGUAAAGCUACACGCCUGGGAGGAGUGUUUCGGGGAGAAGGUUUCGGCUGCACGUCAGAAGGAACUAGAUGCGCAGCAGAGAGUUUUCACAGUGCGAGCGUUUGUUGUGUUUACGUGGAACGCAGCGAUGUUUGUUAUUUCUGUGGUAAUGUUUGGAGCGUUCAUAUUUCUCUCUGAAAGUCGCCUUGACGCCAAAACGGCGUUUGCAGUAGUUUCUCUUCUGAACAUUCUACGUUACGGAGUCAACCAAACACCAGAAGUCGUAUUUGAUGUCAUAAAGGCUAACAUUUCCAUAAAACGUCUUGAGAAGUUUCUGCUGCAGGAAGAAUUCCAGAGCAAUGACUGCAUUUCUGACGUCAGUUCAGAUUGCUCUGUUGUGAUCGAUAAUGGAACAUUCACUUGGGACAAACAUGGAGAACCUUCACUGAAAAAUAUUAAUUUACAAGUGCAACUAGGAAGUCUGGUUGCUGUUGUUGGACAAGUUGGGUGUGGCAAGUCAUCUUUGUUGUCUGCGAUACUCGGAGAGAUGGAAAAAUCUCGAGGUCGUAUAAAGGUCAAGGGGCAGGUUAGUUACGUCCCUCAACAAGCCUGGAUUCAGAGUGACACAAUACAAAACAACAUUCUGUUUGGCAAGCCAAUGGAGAGAUCUCGAUAUAACAAGGUUAUUGACGCAUGCGCUCUUGGGGCUGAUCUCAAAGUUCUGCCUGCUGGUGACAUGACAAAAAUAGGAGAAAGGGGUGUGAACCUGAGUGGCGGUCAGAAACAGAGGGUGAGUCUUGCACGUGCAGUGUACAGUGACGCCGACGUCUUUCUACUUGAUGACCCUCUGGCGGCGGUCGACAGCCAUGUUGGAAAACAUAUAUUUAACCACGUGAUAAGCAACAAGGGUUUGUUGAAAAAUAAGACCCGUAUUUGGGUAACACACAACAUGCGCUUUCUACAAGACGUCGACAACAUCGUCGUUGUUGCUGAUUCCACCAUCAGCGAGACAGGCGCAUAUCGACAACUUCUGCUCGGUGACGGCGACUUCAGGAACAUUCUGAAAACGUAUACCAAGGAAAUGGCAGACGACGAUCCAGAAUCAUCCACUCACAAUGGAAAGAGGUUCACACGCAGUCUCUGUCGCGAGACGUCUCGGCAGCAGUCGGAGCACGAAGACUGGCGCGCCACGUCACCGGGGCAAGAUGCAGACGACAGCCAGAUCCUCACUGAUAGGACGAGAUGGAGCGUGUACCAGACGUACCUGAAGGCUGCUGGGUUGCCUCACGCUGUAGGUAUCGGGGUGACGUACGCCUUGUAUUACAUACUGUGGACAUACGCCAACAUCUGGCUGGUGCACUGGACGGAGGACCCCAUUUUGAAAAAUAGUGCCAACUCGACUUAUGAGCUUGUGUGGGAAACGAACGUCUACUAUUUUAGCAUCUACGGUCUACUUGCUGUGCUCAUGACUUUGUCUAUUUGUGUAUAUGUAUUUUGGAUGGCCUCUUGUGUUGUAAAAGCCUCGACGAAAAUCCACUCUGAUUUACUGACGAGCAUACUAAGAUCGCCCAUGUCGUUUUUCGAAACCACGCCCACCGGCAAGAUUACGUCACUGUUCUCGCGAGACAUGGAUGUGAAUGACACGGAACUGCCGUUCAGUAUGGAGAUGUGUCUCGAGUGUUUGCUACAACUGGGAGCCUCGCUGGUCGCUGUUUGUUACAACACACCAUGUCUCGUUGUGGUUCUCAUCCCUUUAAUCUACAUCUACGUCACUGUCCAGAAACUGGAAAUCAAGACAGAGUCUCCUAUCGUUAGUUAUUUCACGGAAGCCGUCACCGGAUAUGACGUUAUGAGAGCUUUUGGACACGAGGGACGUUUCCAGGAGAAAAACGAACACAAUGUUGACCAGUUCCACCGCGUGCAGUUCUCAACUCUCAUUACCAACAGGUGGCUUGGAUUCCGUCUGAUGGGCAUUGGGAAUGGCGUGACUGGUGCGGUGUCGUUGUUCACGUCGUUGGGACUGGGAUCAGCCUCGGGGGCCUUACUUGGUCUCGCGGUGUCAUUUGCCUAUGAGAUCAGUGAAACUAUGAUAUGGUUUGUCAUUGUGAUGAGCGAACUCUACACAAACAUUAUAUCUAUGGAGCGGGUGUCCGAGUUUACCAACAACGCCAACGAGGAUGUGUGGAAGAAAAGGGACCACUCUGUGCCGCCUGGGUGGCCUCAAAAAGGCCGCACCGAGUUCAGAGACUACAGCAUGAGAUACAAGCCUGGACAUGAUCUUGUGCUCAAAAACCUCUCAUUUACGGUAGAAGCCGGAGAAAAGAUUGGUGUUGUCGGCAGAACAGGAGCUGGGAAGUCAUCCCUGAUGCUCUCCCUGUUCCGUAUGGUGAAGCCAGAAGAGGGCGCUAUCACCAUUGAUGACGUCGAUAUAGCAGAUCUUGGACUACACGACGUCAGAAACAAUCUAGCUAUAAUACCACAGGAUCCCGUUUUGUUUACUGGAAGUCUGCAGAUGAACCUGGACCCGACUGGUCGGUACACGGACGCUGAAAUCUGGGCGGCCCUGAAACACACCCACUUGAUUCAGUUCGUGCAGUCACUUCCACGCAAGCUGGACGCCGAGUGCGGAGAAGGGGGACAGAACUUCAGUGUUGGCCAACGGCAGUUGUUGUGUCUAGCAAGAACCCUGUUGAGGAAGACAAAAGUGUUGGUUCUAGAUGAGGCUACGGCUGCUGUUGACAUGGAAACAGAUGUCCUCAUCCAAGAGACCAUCAGGUCAGAGUUCAAAGGUUGCACGGUGCUGACGAUCGCACACAGACUGAACACGGUCAUGGACUAUGACAGGAUACUUGUUCUGCAAAAUGGUGAAAUUGCCGAUUUGGACUCUCCUAUAAAAUUAUUGCAAACGAAUGGACUCUUCCAGAAGUUGGCCAAAGACGCUGGUCUUUUAAAUUGUUCUUCCAUCAACGUGCCGUGUAUCAAGCAUGGUGAAGCAGUAUAGAAGUAAACAGCCAGCACUGGGGUGCUCACAUAUUUGUUCUGGACAGUGACAAAUUUGUUUUUAAACCUAUCUUUAUCAUUGUACAUAUUCUGUAUGAAAGGCCGGUUAAUAAACUACACAAAUCU